AUGGCUGGCUCCAACAUGUGCCCCCGAUACCACACAAACCAGGCUCAUGAACUCUCAUCAUCCCACAUCAGUCUCCAGACCAGCCGCUGGUUCCAGCAGAUCCACCAUCCUUUGCCAAAGAUCCGGGAAGCCUUCAAAGUGUUCGACCGGGAUGGGAACGGCUUCAUCUCUAAGCAGGAGCUGGGCACGGCCAUGCGCUCCCUGGGCUACAUGCCCAAUGAGGUGGAGCUGGAGGUCAUCAUCCAGCGGCUGGACAUGGAUGGGGAUGGGCAAGUGGAUUUUGAGGAGUUUGUGACAUUACUGGGGCCCAAGCUCUCCACCUCAGGGAUCCCCAAGAAGUUCCAUGGCACAGACUUCGACACUGUCUUCUGGAAGUGCGACAUGCAGAAGCUGACGGUGGAUGAGCUGAAGCGGUUGCUCUACGACACCUUCUGCGAACACCUGUCCAUGAAGGACAUUGAGAACAUCAUCAUGACGGAGGAGGAAAGCCACAUGGGCAAUGCCGAGGAGUGCCCCGUCGACGUGGAGCCCUGCUCGAACCAGCAAAUCCGACAGACGUGUGUCCGGAAGAGCCUCAUCUGCGCCUUCGCCAUCGCUUUCAUCAUCAGCGUCAUGCUGAUCGCCGCCAAUCAGGUGCUGAGGAGCGGGAUGAAGUAACCCAGACAGACAGACUGCUUACCAGAAGA